AUGAUUCAUUCAGACACUUCCUUUACAGCAUCCGCACUUGGAAUAAGAGCUAUACUUGGGGCUCUGUGUCUCAUUGUGCUUUUAAUCUACAAAUUCAAGAGGAGGCACUUAUCAAUGUAUGGACUCAUUGAAGAAUUCUUACAAAGUCACAACAACCUCAUGCCAAUAAGGUACUCCUACUCGGAUAUCAGGAAAAUGACCAAAGGUUUUAAGGAAAAAUUGGGUGAAGGAGGUUAUGGUUCUGUAUACAAAGGGAAGCUCCGAAGCGGUCACCUUGUAGCAAUUAAGAUGCUGGGUAAGUCCAACACAAAUGGGCAAGAUUUUAUCAAUGAAGUUGCUACCAUUGGAAGGAUUCAUCAUGUACAUGUGGUGCAACUAAUUGGCUAUUGUGUUGAGGGAUCAAAGCGGGCUCUUGUGUACAAGUUCAUGACAAAUGGAUCUCUUGAUAAACACAUCUUUCAUAAAGAAGGACCCUCAUCCUUAAAUUACAAGAAAUCAUUUGAAAUUUCACUUGGAGUUGCUCGCGGUAUUGACUAUCUUCAUCAAGGAUGUGAGAUGCAAAUUUUUCAUUUUGACAUCAAGCCUCACAACAUUCUUCUUAACGAGGAUUUUGUUCCAAAGAUUUCUGACUUUGGGCUUGCAAGAUUAUGUCCAUUAGAUGAGAGCAGUUUAACUUUGACAGCAGCAAGAGGAACCAUUGGAUACAUAGCCCCAGAAUUGUUUUACAAAAAUAUAGGGGGUGUGUCAAGCAAAGCUGACAUCUAUAGUUUCGGAAUGUUGUUGAUGGAAAUAGCAGGCAAAAGAAAGAAUCUGAAUGCAGUUGCAGCUCAUUCAAGUCAAAUAUACUUUCCUUCAUGGGUUUAUGACCAAUUCAAUGAAGGAAAGGACAUAGACAUGGAAGAUGCCACUGAGGAGGAAAUGAAAAUAACAAAGAAGAUGCUUAUAGUGGCUUUGUGGUGUAUACAAAUGAAGCCUAGCGAGCGUCCUAAUUCGAUGGGCAAAGUAGUUGAGAUGCUUGAAGGAGAAAUCGAAUCCCUUCAAAUGUCUCCAAAGCCUUUCCUCUAUCCACAAGACAAACCAGUGGUGAAUGAUGAAGAGAAUUCAGAGACAACAUCGUCAUCAACACAAUCGAACAAUGAUGCUACAGAGUCAAAAAGCUUAAUUCAAACUGCUGACGAAAUAAUGUAG